AUGGGAGGAGGAAGAGUCAUGACGGCGGCAGCUAAGGUGGCUGGGAUCGGAGUCGCCAAAGGAGGAUUGAGAGGAGGUCUCGGAUUCCCGACGGCUACGCCUUCGGCGAACGAUCAGUUCAUGGUGAAAAGAUCCGGCGUCUCUAUGCCGGUUUCAGCUUCGAUUUCGUCGGCGGUUCAUCUCUCCGCGGAGGAAGACGCGAUGCAUAUGCAGAGGCCGGUUUGGGACGAUUGGGAAUUUCCCGAAGUGGAGUCGAUUCCUAGGGUUGUUUUCAGCAAACCUCCUUCUCUCCAGGAGGCUAAAGAAGCCACCGAAGAUCUCAAAGAAGCAAUCAAUAUGGCAAUGGAAGGGUCAAAUGAAGGUGGCUCUGUAUCGAAAAUGCUCUCAAGUUUUCAAGCUUCUGAGAACAGAGCUGUUGAAUCAGCUGUUCCACAAGUCGCUCUUCAGGCUUUUGCAUUUCUCAGUGAAAACUCCGCUGCGCAGACUGUUGUUGCUUCCAUUGCGUGUGAUCCAAAAGUGUGGGAUGCAGUGAUGGAAAACAAGGAUCUCAUGAAAUUUCUCGAGACCAGCAGAUCCGUUGAUUCAUCAAAGGCUGAAUCAGAAGACAAUGGCGAACAAUCUGAAGAUUCGAGCACCACGACCGAGAGUGAAGACAGUGAAGCAAAGACGAUUGAUAUCUUGGAGAUUCUGAGAGACAUGAAGCUGAAAGCUAUUCGACUGAUGGAGAAUGUGUCUUCCUACUUUGGUGGUUUGUUCAAGUCGGAAUCGUUUACAGAGGAUGGGAAAGAGAAGAAGCAGACUGUGUACAACGACCCUCGUUCUCUGUUUGGAUUAGCUGUUUGCGUCAUCUUCAUGGUAGUUAUGAAACGUGCUUGA